AUGGCAACAACAUGUGAGGUUGGAAACGAUACUGUAGAUGAACUAAAUGAUCCUGGUGCUGCUCCUUACGGAAACUUUAAAAACUAUUACACAUUUAAUCCACCGGAGAACCGCCUCAGUCUGAUCCCAGAGACUCUCCUCCAGGAUUUAGGAUACAGCGGAGACACAACGCUGCUGCUGGACGUGGGGUGUAACUCAGGGGAUUUAAGUGUUGCCUUAUACAAACAUCUGGCGCAGCAGCCCGAGUGUGAAGCAGACAAGAGGAAGGUUCACCUCCUGGGCUUCGACCUGGAUGAGACCCUCAUUAAGCGGGCUCAGCAGACCAACCUUCUACCUGCUAACAUCUCCUUCCUCCCUCUGGAUAUCACUGAAGUCAGCAACAACCAGCUGCAGGAUUACCUCCACCAGCACAGCAGCUCCCACUUCCACCUGUGCGUGUGCCUUGCCGUCACCAUGUGGGUCCAUUUAAACCACGGAGACUCAGGUCUGCUGCAGCUGCUCUCUCGCCUGGCCUCCAUAAGCCAGCACCUCCUGCUGGAGGCUCAGCCCUGGAAGUGUUACCGCUCUGCAGCUAGGAGACUCAGGAAGCUGGGACGCUCAGACUUUGACCAUUUUAAGACCCUGAAGAUCCGUGGAGACAUGGCUGAACAUGCCAAGGAGCAUCUGGAGAAACACUGUAACAUGGAGCUCAUCCAGAGCUUUGGUAGCACCGCUUGGGACCGAAAGCUGCUGCUUUUUAAAAGUAGGUGAGAAUGAAGGGACACUGUGGAGGGUAUUUAUCUACAGCACAAGGAGCUGCAAGGAUAGAAGACACCAAAUACACAUCAUGUGGAGAAAAGGAGGACACUAUAGUUGAAGUAAUUGCCAAUUAAUGUCAAUUGAAUUUGCAUGCAUCUUUGUCUUAAAUGAUAGUAAACUGUAUCAUUGGGUUGUAGACUUUCACUCAUAGAAAAAAAGCAAACUGAAUAUGAUUUUUCACUAUUUUCUGACAUGUUAUGACCUAACUGUAAAUCAAUUAAACAAGAAAACUGGCAAAUUCACUGAUAAUGGCAGUAAUUGUUUAUCACAUCUCUAAAAAAUGGAGAUUGGGACAUGUGACACAUUUUAAAUGAUUAUU